ACAUGGUCUGUGAAUGACUUAUAUCGGAUUAUCACCUCUGAGUAGAAUUUGAGUUUGACUCUGUUAGUAUAUGAUUUUUGAUGGGCACGUUUUCGCCUUUUGUCUCCAUCUGAACUGAAAAGACAGGUUCAUACUUUGUGUCUCACUGUAUAUAUCUUGCCCAAGGCUGUUGUCUUGCCCACAGCCGUCUGUCCUAGUGGAACUGCCAUCACAAAGUGCCAUUGCAUUUGUUUAUCCAUCCCUUCUUUUUCUCAUAACGGUGACGAUCUGUAAAUUACGCUUGUCAACAUCUCCUAGAUGCUGUUACAUUCUGAAUGGCUGUGGGCUCCUGGGCACAGCUGUUUCAAUCAUUGUUUCCUUUUACUGACAGAAAGGAGAAACCAAAGGUUGUUUUGACAAUAAUCUUUUUUUUUUUUAUUAAAGAGAAACUACUAGAAGGAAGGAAGAGUAAGGAAGCAUGAGGCCCAAAUUAUUUGUAGGAGAGGGAUGUACAAGAGGGUCAAGAGUGGCUUAUGAGUCAAAUCAAUUGAUGCGUUGGACAAACAGUGGGUUUGUAAGAUGCAUUUACAUUGAAUCUGAAAAGAUGUUUUGAACUGAAAGAGGCAUUGGCUGGGAGCAGAGUCACUGCAAAUGAUGCCGUUGAAAAGGUGGGGUCUCCUUGCUCCAAGGGCACGUAGAGAGUCAGGCUGAGUUUUGCCUUAUUAAGAAAAUCCAUAGGGCGUCCCUGGUGGCACAGUGGUUGAGAGUCCGCCUGCCGAGGCAGGGGACAUGGGUUCGUGCCUCGGUCCGGGAAGAUCCCACAUGCCGCGGAGCGGCUGGGCCCGUGAGCCAUGGCCGCUGAGCCUGCGCGUCCGGAGACUGUGCUCUGCAACGGGAGAGGCCACAACAGUGAGAGGCCCGCGUACCGCAAAAAAAAAAAAAAAAAAAAAAGAAAAUUCAUAGCGUUUAUGCACAGCAGGGCCAAGAUUUUUAAUUAGAAUGCCUAAAAUCCAUAUUUAUCAUCGGUUCUCUAGGCUAUGCUGUACUUCCACUUAACAAACCCUUCUGGGGAUGCUACUUGUUUUGCUUAAAUGGCAAUUUUAAGAAGACCAGAACAGACCCGUGAGACGCGUGUAGGAGCAGUACACGGGGUAGUUGUCUCCAAGGGAAAAGCAUUAGCCGUGUCGUCUUUGAUCAGAAAGGUGAUCAGCACCGCGAAAGCCCCAGCGGCCAUUGGUCCCUACAGUCAGGCUGUGUUAGUCGACGGGACCAUUUACAUUUCAGGACAGCUAGCCAUGGAUCCUGCAAGUGGACAGCUUGUGCCAGGAGGGGUGGCAGAAGAGACUGAACAAGCUCUUACAAACAUGGGUGAAAUCCUGAAAGCAGCGGGCUGUGACUUCACGAAUGUGGCAAGAACAGCUGUUUUGCCGGCUGACAUAAACGACUUCAAUACUGUCAAUGACAUCUACAAGCAGUAUUUCCAGAGUAGUCUUCCCGCGAGAGCUGCUCAGGUUGCUGCUUUGCCCAGAGGAGGGCAAAGUGUUGAGACUGAAGCAGUAGCUGUGCAAGGACCUCUCAUGACAGCAUCGCUCUGAGUGGGCCCAGUGUUAUUUAGUCUGGAAUCUUAAUAAUGUUUUUAAAUUAACAUCUUAAUUUUUACAAUCUUUGUUGGGAAGCGUAAGGUUGACUGAAAUAUCUGAAGUUAUUUUGGAAAUACCAUAUAAUAAGGGGAAUUGAAUGUGAAUUGAAGAUUAAUGAUGAAUCUAGUUACUGAUGUUAUAAAUUACACCUCUAUAACACUCAUAUUACUGGAUGUGGGAGAAGAGACACGCAUUACAUAGUUACUCAGAAAAAUAAAAGUAAAGGGAAAUGCCAUGUAGGAAAGAUGAGUUCCUAUUCCUGAGAAAUACUAAAGAGCACACCUAAUUCAGUUAA